UGUCUGUCAAGAUGAAGACGCGAUUGUGUGCGUGUUGUCAGAGUGGGGGAUAUUGGUGCCUCGUGGCCUCCCCUAUAUAAGGUUUGCGCUCAUCCGUCGAACCUCGGUUGUUCCCCCAAUUCGGGCAACUUCUCAGGACUUGGCAAGCCGAACACCUUCGCAAGUGAGCGCAGAACCUAGCCCCGCCGACGAGCAGCAGCAGAUCAGCGCAGAUUCAGCAGGAAGAGUUCGCCGAGAUCCAGCAAUCCACAAGAACAAGAUCAAUUUAAUAUCGAUUGAAGCCCAUCGUCGAGCACGAAGAUUUCUCAUCUGACCCUAUCACCAAGCCAGAUUCACCCAACUGCGCCGAUAUCGUAGAAUGGUAGAGAGUGAACCUGGCUCAAAGCACAAUCAUAAGUGUGAUGUAAAAGACGAGCGGCUAAACGGCUGUGGCUCCAAGGAUCUCGAACUUGCCCGUAUUGGAACUAAGGGCAAGACCCUAGAUCCCGAGAAAGGAUCCUGCGUUAAAGCUGACUUUGAGAAGGCCAUUGAACUUACCGACUAUGGCAAAUUCCACUACUUCCUCCUCACGGUAUGCGGGUUCGUCAGCACCAGCGAGGAGAUGGACGUGAUCUCCAUGUCCUUCAUCCUCCCGAGUGCACAAUGUGAUCUGAAACUCGAUACCCAAGCCAAGGGAUGGCUCAAUUCGAUCAUCUUCAUUGGCAUGAUGGCCGGCGCGUACGCUUGGGGCUCCGUCGCGGAUGCCCUAGGUCGUCGCAAGGUCCUCAUCGCCAUCUCGUUCACGAACGCUCUGUGCAUCGUGGCCUCCAGCUUCAGCCAGUCCUAUGAACUCUUCAUGUUCUUCCGUUUUCUCAACGGCGCUGCUCUUGGAGGCAGUGGACCUGUCAUCUGGUCAUACUUUGCUGAGUUCCAGCCAAAGUCUAAGCGAGGUUCGAUGCUGUCUUUCAUGGCUGCCUUCUGGACGCUUGGGAACCUCUUCGUUGCUGGUUUGGCAUGGACGAUCAUCCCUAACGACAUUGGUAUCGUGAGCGAGGCGUUCACAUACAAUUCUUGGCGAAUCUUCCUGCUGAUCUGCGCUGCUCCGUCGUUUAUCGUCGCGGGGCUGCUCCUGCUGCUCCCUGAAUCCCCCAAAUACCUCUUAUCCUGCGGAAAAUACGAGGAGGCCCUCGACAUCUUUCGCGGGAUAUAUGCCAUUAACACUGGCAAACCGCGUGACAGUUACACGGUUAAAGAAUUGAUUCUCGAUGACUUUCAAGUGCCCGAACCGGCAAAGAUUGGCGUCGAGAAGAAUAAAUGCAAAACAAUGCUCAGCGACAUCGUAUAUAACAGUAAACAACUCUUCAUCUCGCCGAUUCUUCGCUUCACCAUCAUCUCCAUCAUUAUCAACUUCACCUUUCACAUCGGUUAUUACGGUCUGAUGAUGUGGUUCCCCGAAUUGUUCAAUCGUUUCGACGAGUUUCAUCGCGAUCAUCCUGGUGAGGUCGCUUCUAUAUGCCAGGUCACCGAUUACGUCGUUCAAAAGGGUUCUCAGAAUGUGGAGACUCUUUGUUCGGACAAGAUCGGUGCCUCCGUCUUCUUGGAAUCGCUGAUCACGGUUGCAUCCGCCAUUCCUGCAAAUAUCGUCGCCGUUUUGGGAAUGGAUCGUCUUGGUCGCAAAUUCUUCCUUGUGUUUAGUACGCUUUCAUCGGGACUGUGUUCGAUAGGGUUGUACUUCGUGUAUAAUAAGCACCACAACCUGAUUGUUUCGGCUUUCUUCAGCGGUGUGAUAAGCUGUGGAAAUGCGGCAUUGGACUGUCUGAUAACCGAGGUUUUCCCAACACAUCUUCGGGCGACCGGAAUAGCUAUUUCUAUGGUCGCGGCACGUUUAGGUGGAAUUAUUGGAAACAUCGUUAUAGCUCAACUUCUGGACAUGUAUUGUCCAGCACCAACUUUCAUAGUUGCUGCUCUCCUAAUUGGGGGAGGAUUACUGUGCUUAUUCUUACCAAAUACAACGCGGGAACCACUUUCUUGACACCGGUGGAAAAUUACAUCAGACCUAAAUCGAUGUACAGUUAUAUACUCAUUUUUUAAGGAAACUUUCGCCGUUUUAAAGUAGCACAUCUACGCGCGUACAUCUGCCCAUAUUCCAGUAAUCGAGCUCCACAUUCCCAUUUUGCAUAUCAAGUUCAAACGGCCAAUAAAGAAAUAAUAUUAGACUUCACAACAAAUAGCAGGGUAAAUUAAAAAAAAAAAAAAAAAGAAUAAUAAAAUACGAAUGUAAAGUUU